GGCGGCGGUGGCGGAGCAGAGCGCAGCGCAGGGGAGGGGACGGGCGGCCGGCCGCGCGGAGGGAGUGAGUCACCUGACCGCCGCUUGCCGCCUGCAGUCGGGCCGCGCAGCGCCUCGGCUCCGGUCGAUGACAGUGAGAAGCAUGCUCGCCACUGCUCUCCCUGAUCCCGCUUGCCACCCAGGAUGUCUGUGAGUGAGAGCGCAGUGUUUGUCUAUGAGUCCUCUGUGCACAGCACCAACGUCUUGCUCAGCCUCAAUGACCAGCGGAAGAAGGGUGUGCUGUGCGACGUCACCGUCGUGGUGGAGGGCCAGCGGUUCCGAGCCCACCGCUCGGUGCUGGCCGCGUGCAGCAGCUACUUCCACUCGAGAAUCAUAGGUCACACUGAGGCUGCUGAGCUCACCCUCACACUGCCUGAAGAGGUAACAGUUAAAGGAUUUGAACCUUUAAUUCAGUUUGCCUACACUGCCAAACUCAUUUUAAGUAAAGACAAUGUUGACGAAGUGUGCAAGUGUGUGGAGUUUUUAAGUGUGCACAAUAUCGAGGAAUCCUGCUUUCAGUUCCUCAAGUUUAAGUUUUCCGACUCCACCGCAGAGCAGCAGGAAUGCGCAAGGAAAAAAUGCUUCUCACAGUGUCAGAAAGCAGACUUUAAAUUCUCACUUUCAGAACAGAAAGAUCUGGAAAUUGAUGAAGCAGAGGAAUUCUUGGAAAAGAAAAAUGCUCAGACUCCUCAGUGUGACCCCCAAAGGUGUCAGGGCAGUGUUAAAGCACCCGCCCUUCUCCAAGACGGUGUCACUGAGACCUGCCAGUCCAUGUGCUUAGAAAAGGAUGGAGCCCUGGCCUUGCCGUCUUUAUGCCCCAAAUACAGAAAGUUCCAGAAAGCAUUUGGAACCGACAAGAUCCGUACUCUAGAAUCCAGUGUCAAGGAUGUCCAUGCUGCUUCCGUCCAACCAAAUGAGACAUCUGACCUUGAGUGUUUAGCGGGAGUGCAGGGAUGUGCAGAUUUACAAGUGAUUUUAAAAUGUGAAGGAACAAAGCCAGCCAUGGAGAGUGAAGAGACAAUGCGCAAAGACCCCACCUCUCAGCGCCCUGCAGAGCAGGCAGACGUGACUCCUCUGCCUCAGAAUUCUGCAGACCCUCAUGGAUUCUAUUCCCUGUCACUCUUACACACUUACGACCAGACAGGUGAUGCAGGCUUUGCUGGGAUGCAAAGUAAAACAGUGAAAACAGAAAAGCCUCUGUUGGGUCCAGAUGCCCAGGAAGAGAAGCCAUUUGAAAAUCAGGAUUUAUACCUGAAGUCUGACAUGGGCCCCAAAGAAGACAGCAGCAGCCUUGCCUCCGGAGAUCGGAGUAGUGUGGAGCGGGAGGUGGCCGAGCACCUGGCCAAAGGCUUCUGGAGUGACAUCUGCAGCACGGACUCCCCUUGCCAAAUUCAGUUGUCGCCUGCUGCGGCCAAAGACGGCUCAGAGCAGGGCUGCUCGCAAAGGCGGUCUGAGUGCCCCUGGCUGGGUAUCAGGAUCAGUGAGAGCCCAGAGCCAGGCCAGCGGACUUUCACAACUCUCAGUUCUGUCAACUGCCCUUUUAUAAGUACUCUGAGUUCCGAAGGCUGCUCCAGCAACUUGGAAAUCGGAAACUAUGAUUAUGUCUCGGAGCCCCAGCAGGAGCCAUGCCCCUAUGCCUGUGUGAUUAGCCUGGGUGAGGACUCGGAGACCGACACGGAGGGUGACAGUGAGUCCUGUUCUGCCAGGGAGCAGGAAUGCGAGGUAAAACUGCCAUUCAAUGCUCAACGGAUAAUUUCACUCUCACGAAAUGAUUUCCAAUCCCUGCUGAAGAUGCACAAACUGACCCCGGAACAGCUGGACUGCAUCCAUGACAUCCGCAGAAGGAGUAAAAACAGAAUCGCUGCACAGCGCUGUCGCAAAAGGAAGCUUGACUGUAUCCAGAACCUUGAGUCGGAAAUCGAGAAGCUGCAAAGUGAAAAGGAGAGCUUGCUGAAGGAGCGAGAUCACAUCCUGUCAACGCUGGGUGAGACGAAGCAGAACCUUACGGGACUUUGCCAGCAAGUGUGCAAGGAAGCCGCCCUGAGCCAGGAACAGAUUCAGAUCCUCGCCAAGUACUCGGCCUCUGACUGCCCGCUUUCUUUCUUAAUUUCUGAGAAAGGAAAAAGUACUCCUGGUGGUGAACCUGCUUUUUCCUCCGUCUUCGGCGUGCCUGACGUGCCUCCAGCUGCACCCGCUCCCAGUGCGCGUGGGAGCAGCGAGGCCGGCCAGGAGCCCGCGCAGGAGCCCCCGGCAGCCCCGGAGCAGGCGGCGCCGCUGGAGCCCUGUCGGCCGAGCGCCGGCAUCUCAGACUUCUGCCAGCAGAUGACUGACAAGUGCACUACUGACGAGUGAGCCGCCUGAGCGUCCUCCAGCCAUGGUUUCCUGCUGAAGUUCUGGCCUUGUCUUGAGAGCUGAAUGUGGCCGCGUCUUCUUGCUUAGCAGCCCUGCUUCCUCCCGGUAGCUUCCUGUUGAGGGAAUUCCCCUUUAAGGUGACACUGAGUUCUUGAUCUUCACAGGAGACGUGACAUAAUUUACCUCUUGGCUGCCGAAAGAUCACAUGUGAAAAUAUAGAGUGACCAGGUUAUAAUCUCCAGGGAUUUAAAAUGACGACGACAGUGGAAACUGCAGUGUCCGUUCAGCAGCUCAGAGCAUCUGCACACGGUUCCCCUGGGCUGUGGAUAAUCUGUUGAUCAAAAAGAAAAAUUCUCCCUAAGCUGUGCAGUGGUAAUCUACCAAGAAGGGGGUGUCUGCACUAAGUGUUUGGGUCGGGCUGUAAUCUGGAAAGAAAUCUCCUUUGAACUCUAUCACUCUGCUCCUCAGUUCCUACCAAAGUCCAGCAUGGGCUGGACCUGGUCACAGAGGCUGCCCUGCCAGGACCUAGUCAGAGGCCCCUGCUCUCUUCAGUAUUGACCAGAAGUUUUGGCCGCACAAACAGUAGAUAAAUGUCAUUUUUCCUGCUCUUACUUUUGUUCCCCUCUGUAGUCUUUACCAUGUCUACACCGGAUAGGGACUUUCUGUUUCCUGACUUUUUUGUCCCAUGGAGGAAGACUCGGGAGUUAGGUCUAUGUGUAUCCAGCCAGAACCAUAGUUGCCACGGACCUGGAGAUCUUCACACUGUUCAUCGUCUCAGGUCACGGUUGCCCAAGAGGGUGCUGGAGCUAGGGGUAGGGAAAUUUCUGACCAGAAGUGUAGCUCGUUGGCAUCCUAGUAAGGAGCGGUGGUCUCUACAAAGCCUUGUUGGAGGCUGAUGUUUGAAACAGUAAUGUCUGCUCUCAGUCCAUUUUGGGUUUGCCCUUGAGAACCAGAUUUAAUCCUUUUAUUUUUUCCCACUCCUCCAUUUGGUGUGGUGUAAAGGCACACACAUCAGUUUGACUUAGGCAUUGAAAGUCAAUCUGGGCUUAAUAAUGUUGGUAGAAAAUGAAUUGAUAAUAAUAUGAGCAGUUACCCUGUAACAUUUUGCAGUGAUUCUUAGCCAUUCUGCAAUCUCACACUGUAGACCUCAGCAGCGGAAACAUUGUAUAUACAGGCUCAAUAUCCCUAUUCAAGGAAUGUGAAAUGCCUUAAAAUUGGAAACGUUCUGAUCCUGAGAUCAUGAGGCAGGUUGCAGUUAAAACAGGACAUUCGGAAUCUUCUGAAAGCUACUUUAUAUGUCUAAGGUACAUAGGAAUUUCCUGAAGACUUUGGGAGGGUCUGACCCUCAGGCUGUCUCAUGACCUUCUGUAGACGUGGAUGUCUGAGAACAAGAACACAUCUGAAGCACCUCUGUCUCAGACACCUCUGAGAAGGGAGUUGCACAGUCCACUCCCAGAAGCACUUGUAGAGCCCUGAGUCAGGGCGCAGAGGAGCAGUCAAUAGGGUAGCAUCUCUCCAAGUCACAUAUCUGAAAGAGACUUAUCUUCACUGCAUGCUGCAUCUACUGAAGGGCCUAGAUGUGUGUGUGUGGGGGUGACAGAGGGACGGACACGCUACCCUGAGUUGGUAUCCGGUCCGUGGUAAGUUGAUGUUUGCCAUGAGAAGAUACGGGGACCAGCACCACUAUUUCAUAAUUUCAUAGUAAGUUGUCGGAUGUGGCCCUUUUUCCUUGGGGUGCAGGGAGGAAAGAAGGGUAGUAUGUAUUUCAUCUUUGGAAGAGAAAAUUAAAUGGAAAUUAUUUGAAAAGUCCACUCAGUCCACCUGGGAGAGGAUGCUCACUCUGGUAAGGCAUCCCGUGUUACAGAAGAAUUGUGUAUAUAUGCGUCCCCACGCAGCUAUUUGAUACUUGUAAUAUUAGGUUUCAGCUUAACAUAAAAUAAUAUGAAAACUUCUCUGGUUUACAAAGUGUAAAAUCUUAUUCAAGCCAAUGGAACCCUUGAUUUCCUACCUCACUGUACACUCGGCUGUCUGUGAUCAGUUUUUGUGUGUACAUGCGUCAAAUCUUUUGCUUUAAAUGUAACUGUAAAUAUUUGCUUUGGAAAGUUACUUACCAUUUUAUGAUAAAACCCGGUUCUCUUCUCAGUUGAAAGAUAUAUUUUAAGGCUUAAAAUUUUUAAAUUUAAAUUUUUAAAUUUUUCUCUACCUACGAACAAUUUAGCAUUAAGAGUUAAUUUUAAUGGUGUCUGGUAAUUGGCCAAGUGUAAUAUUUCUUAAAAUUUAGCAUUACUCUUAACCGCCAGCAUGUAAUACAAGUAACUACACUACCUCAUACCUUGGUGAUUUUCAAGUUGUAUUAGAUGGGCAGGAAAGAUUCUCCCUUUGUCUUUUGGCCACAAGGUGGGUAAGUUUUUUAUAUAUUGCAUAGCAUUAUACAUUUAUGCCUAUUUUAACAUGAACUUCUAAAAACAUUUUCUUUUCUAAGAAAACUUGUCUUACGGCAAUAUUUCUCUUGGGGGGUGGGGAUGCUGAAGACAAAUGAUAGGAUCAUAUGUGUACAUCAUAUGCCUUUUCCUUCAUGCAGAGUUUUGACAGUGUUUUUAGUUGGUGUCUUGCAUAUUCACACAUCAUUGCUCCUUCUUGUAUGACUCGGCCUUCUCAAUGCCUGAUGAUUUUUUUUAAAGCCGUCAUGUCUGACUCAGUACAAUAAUGUCAUCUUAAAUUUUUGCCCCUAAUUUGAAUAGCUCCAAGCAAAUCAUUUGUUAAAUUGUUAUAUUCAGAGUAAGCAUGGAUAUAACAUUGGCUGUCCACCUGCAGGCUGUAUAACAGUUUACUGUAGCUUGACGCUUAACCAGUUUUAAGUUAGGAGUUCAACGUGUAUGAAACAGGACUAGUGGAGGUGAGGACACUUCAGCCACGUUAACAACUUGGAAAAAAAAAAGAGAAGCAAAUGGCAAUGUUACAGUGAAUUCUCAGGUGAACUUUUCAGUCAUGAAAACAUCUAUUUUGAAUUUGUAAAUAUUUUAACUGUUUUAUUAAGGCGUGUACUAAACUAUUUGACACCUGUUGGGUAGAAUGAAAAUUUAAAGCCAUAAUGGUAAAAGAUGGCGUACUGAUUGUAAAAUAAACAGAAAUAAUAAUGUUGAUUUUUUUUGUAUCUUUCGUAAUAUAAUUUUUCUAACUGCAGUAAAACCACUGAACUUAUUAUUCCUGUCCUAUUAAGCCCAUGUUUCAUUAGCAGUAUACUUUAUAAUAUUUAAUUUACAUUUUCUUUCUAAUGUGCUUGUCUGAAUGUGUCAAAAUAUAAGUAUUAGAUGGUGAUGAUAGAUUGACAGUUAAAUAAAGUUCCUAAUACUGCUUUUAAUUGA